AUUCCCAAACAGAUCUGAGUUUGGAGCUUCUCCCCUCUUUCUGCAGAAAAAAGUUCACCCGAUUCUCCCUGCCCCAGAAAAAUUCGAUUUUUGGCCGGUCCCAUCGGAGGCCUGAAUCCGGUCAAGCAUUUGCCUGCCCGGCGUGGAGUGUCCGCCCGAUUUCUCCCCAGACUUGGCGUGUCCAUGCUUCUUAGUGUAUGAGAGCUUGAAAAUUGGGGUUUCUUUGGCUUCUGCUAUCUGUGGGAGCUCAUUUCUUAUGCCAUCAGGGCACAGAUUGGUUAAAUUAAAAUGCUGAGGAGGUGUAGAAAUAAACCCAGAACUGGUGAUGGUGUCCCGACUGAAAUCGAGAAAGAUGACCUUAGCGACGUCAUUAUCCUUGAUAGCCCGGAAUGUUUCCUCAAAAAGAUUAAGCAGCCAAUAACCCAGAGUAAAUCCGCAAGGUGCUUGCUGAAGAAUGUAAUAUUAAUAGAGGACGAUGAUGGUGAUGGCAAAGAAGACAUCCAUUCUGAAAGUAGUAGAGAAAGAUAUUUCUCACCCUACAUGUCAGAUGAGAACAGCGAUGAUUGUCUAUUUGUUCAAGAAAGGAAAGCUCCAGUGAAGCUAUCGAAAAACAGAAGAACUUACUCGAGGAGAGCAGUAAAUGGUAAUAUCUAUGGCUUUUCGGUUUCUGAUUCAGAGACUAGUUCUGAUUCUGACUGUGAGUUGAUAAUUGAAUCUUUUGGAAAGUGUCCGAAAGAAUGGGUGAAAUCUUCCUCCAAGAGGAUUAAUCGUGACCAGAAUACUGAAUCACAACCUGAGCAUGAACAAACUGGAGAAAAUCACUGCAUUCCUAGUAUGGGUGCGGCUGGUGAAGAGAAAGAAGAUGUGUUGCUUGGUGCAGGAGGAAAUGACAGUUCUGGUGCUUCCAGUUCCGGGUUUCCAAAUUGUGCUGAGGAUAUGGAUAUUGAUUUUCAAUAUAAUUUGAAAGACCCCUUUUCUGAACCAUGUAUAUCAAAACCCAUGUCCGGUGUCAAAUUCUCCUGUCUCAUGCAAGAUAGUUCAUUAGGUAAAGGGGAUUGCCUACAUGAAGAUCUUUGUUCCUAUGGUGAUGAAAAUGGUAACGAACACUGUAGUUUUACUGUUUGUGGAAGCAAUUUUGCUACCAAUUCGAACUCUAAGCUUACCAAAAAGUCAACCCAUAGAAGCAGUGGCAUUGAAGAGAAGAAUAUGUCUAUGAAUUACAAGUCACAUAGUGAAGACACUAAUGGUAACAUGUAUUCUGUCAACAAUUGUAGCACUGGUCUAGUUGAUAAUUUUAGCAAAAAUGUAUCAUAUGAUGAAGAAAAGGAGGAAGCCAUACAUGAUAAUAAUUGUAGUACGUUGAUUACUGAAAAAGAAAGGCUUAAAGAAACUGAUGAGUACAAGAAGGCACUAGAGGAAGAACUGGCUUCUAGGCGGAGAGCAUUACAGAUUCAGGCUGAAGAGGCACAACAGAUGCGGCGAUUGGUGAAGAGAAGGAAAGCUGAACGAAUGCGUUUACUAGACAUGGAGAGAAGACAAAAGCAACGUUUGGAGGAAAUGAGAGAGACACAGAAGAAGGAUGAAGAGAAUAUGAACACAAAGGAUGUGAUUCGCAGUGAAGUCAGAAGAGAACUUAGUAAACUAGAAAAAACAUGCUGUGACAUGGCUUCUGUCUUACGGGGUUUGGGCAUUACAGUUGGUGGCAGCCCUUCUCCAAAGUUGAAUGAGGUACGUGCAGCUUACAAGAGGGCGUUGCUGACAUUCCACCCGGAUCGGGCUUCAAGGGGGGAUAUUCGCCAGCAAGUUGAAGCCGAGGAGAAAUUCAAGCUUAUAUCACGCAUGAAGGAAAAAUAUAUGCAUUCUACUUGACGACCCAACUCUUCGCAUGUACAUAUAUAUGGGAAGCUGGGAAAAUUUUUGACCCAUCAUCAGCUCUGUGGUGAGGAAUCAUGUGAUAAGCAAGCUAGUUGUACAAAGCAUAUAUAUUCCAGCUAUAUUUUGUUCUUAAUUUCUUAUCGGCUUCGGUGUAGGAAUGUUGGAAUUUAGAAUUAUAGUUGAGUUCUAAAACUUCUAAUUCCAUUAGUUUUGAAAAAGUUAUUGGUGUAUAAGAGUUUGGAUUUGUUCUUCAACUUUUCUUGGUACAGAUCAGACCAGAACAAAAAAUAGAUUAGAUUCAUUCAAACUAAACUAGACUGGCAUGU